GCUCCGCCUUUCGCCCUAGAGACGCGGUGACGUUGCAUCCUUCCAAUUCCUCGCCUCCUCCCUCUUUCGCUCUGGUGAGUCUCAAGUCUCAGACUUCAUAACUCCUUUUACGACACUGAAUCUCUGAGACAGUCUCGGUGCCAGGUCCACUUUUCGGCAAAGUGACGUGGACGUCAACAGCAAUGGCGGAAGGAGAAGAGCUUCUGCCACUGUCAACGUCGGGCGGGGACAGCUGGGAAAAAGAUCUUGAAGAAGCCCUUGAAGCAGGAGGUUGUGAUCUUGAAACUUUGAGAAAUAUAAUUCAAGGGAGGCCACUGCCUGCUGAGCUGAGGGCCAAGGUUUGGAAGAUUGCUCUGAACGUUGCAGGGAAAGGUGAUAGUUUGGCAUCAUGGGAUGGUAUUUUAGACUUGCCCGAGCAGAACACUAUUCAUAAAGAUUGCCUUGAGUUUAUCGAGCAGCUCUCAGUGCCAGAGGAGAAGGCAGCAGAAUUACUCCUGGAUAUUGAAUCUGUAAUUACUUUUUACUGUAAAUCACGCAGCGUUAAAUACAGCACAUCCCUGAGCUGGACUCAUCUACUGAAACCAUUGAUCUGUCUCCAGCUGCCUCGCAGUGACCUAUACAACUGUUUCUAUGCCAUCAUGAAUAAGUACAUUCCCAGGGAUUGUUCCCUGAAGGGGAGGCCAUUUCAUCUCUUCCGGUUGCUCAUCCAGUACCACGAGCCUGAGCUUUGUUCUUUUCUUGACACAAAGAAAAUCACCCCAGACUCCUAUGCACUCAACUGGCUCGGGAGCCUUUUUGCACAUUACUGUUCCACUGAAGUCACCCAGGCGAUAUGGGACGGAUAUCUACAGCAAGCGGAUCCGUUUUUUAUUUAUUUCUUAAUGUUAAUUAUCCUUGUUAAUACAAAAGAAGUUAUUUUAGCACAAGAGUCUGACAGCAAAGAAGAAGUUAUCCGCUUUUUGGAAAGUACCCCGUCCAGCCUGAAUCUGGAAGACAUAGAAGACCUUUUCUCUUUGGCUCAGUAUUACUGUAGUAAGACGCCAGCUUCUUUUAGGAAGGAUAACCAUCAUCUCUUUGGUAGCACCCUCCUGGGGAUCAAGGACGAUGAGGCAGAUCUGAGCCAGGCUCUGUGUCUGGCUGUUUCAGUAUCAGAGAUCCUUCAAGCUAAUCAGCUGCAAGGGGAAGGGGUCCGGUUCUUCGUGGUGGACUGCCGUCCUGCGGAGCAGUACAACGCUGGGCAUCUGGCAACCGCCUUCCACCUAGACUCAGACUUGGUUAGUCCAAGUGCACGUCUGAUGUUUUGGGAGAGACGGGAUCUCCCUCUGGCUUCUAGCUACAGAGAAGACAUGUACAUGAACAUGGUCCUCGCACACUUCUUACAGAAAAACAAAGAAUAUGUUAGUAUUGCCAGUGGAGGAUUUAUGGCCCUUCAGCAGCACCUGGCAGACAUAAAUGUGGAGGGACCAGAAAGUGGAUACGGCCAUUGGAUUGCCAGUACCUCAGGGUCAAGGGGCAGCAUCAGCUCUGUUGAUGGUGAAUCCUGUAAUGGUUCCAAUGAUAGAGGGAUGAAAUCCCUCGUCAAUAAAAUGACUGUGGCUCUAAAGACAAAAUCCGUUAACGUUAGGGAAAAGGUCAUUAGCUUUAUUGAGAACACAUCGACUCCUGUGGACCGAAUGUCUUUCAAUCUUCCCUGGCCAGACAGAUCAUGUACAGAGCGGCACGUGAGCAGCAGCGACAGAGUGGGCAAGCCUUACCGUGGAGUGAAGCCUGUGUUCAGCAUCGGCGAUGAAGAGGAAUAUGACACAGAUGAAAUCGACAGCUCAUCCAUGUCAGAUGAUGAUAGAAAAGAGGUUGUCAACAUCCAGACCUGGAUCAACAAGCCGGACAUCAAGCAUCACUUUCCCUGUAAAGAAGUUAAAGAAAGUGGACAUAUGUUUCCUAGCCAUCUGUUGGUUACCGCCACACAUAUGUACUGCUUACGGGAGAUUCUUUCGAGGAAAGGACUGGCUUACAUCCAGUCUCGGCAAGCACUAAAUUCUGUAGUGAAAAUUACGUCCAAAAAAAAACAUCCCGAGCUAAUUACCUUCAAGUAUGGAAACAGCAGUGCUUCCGGGAUAGAAAUCUUGGCUAUUGAAAGGUAUUUGAUUCCAAAUGCAGGAGAUGCUACCAGAGCCAUAAAACAGCAGAUCAUGAAAGUGUUGGAUGCUUUGGAAAGUUAAUGUAAAAGAAAGUUAUUUAAGUGAAAUUAAGGCAACGAAGAGAAAUAUGAAAAUAUAUUUCCUGACUCAAUACUAACCAGAGACCUUUGAUUUGCUCAUGGGGUGCCUGAGUAUAGGGUCUAAAUGCAAAUUAUUGUAGUCAAUACUGGGAUGAGUACACUUUUUUAACAAUUUCUUUUGCAUCUUUGGUUUUAUAUAAUGAUUUAUUAUAAAGGUCAGUUAUUAAAUGACUUUGAAGUAACUGGCCUUGUGCCCUAUGGAUCCAAGGGCACAGACUACAGUUCUGUUUUGAAGAGCUGUUUUAAAGGACAUGCAUCAUUUUCAGGUUUUAAAACAACUGUACACAUACAUAUUUGCAAUGUCUUCACUGAAAUUUAGGGAUAGAAUUAGUUGAAGAGAUUUAAUUGCUACAUUGAGUUUUACUACAAUGAGCAUUAUCGAAAAUAAAUGGUUAGACUAAUAAUUAGCUCACUGUUUCUGUUCUUAAAAAGAUUGAAGUCUGUUUGAUGGACUGGAUGGAGAUCAUAGCAACUCAAAACACAGCCCAUAGUGAGACACCGAAGUGUCAGCUUCCCCCAUCUUCCUCCAGUGGGUAAUUAUCCAGAGACUAACUGCCUCAGAGAUAGUGAGCCUCACCCCAGGUUGCUAAGGAACAGUUAACAGCACUAGAAUAAGUAGGCAUGUUAAGGUUAAAAUUAGCAUUUGGGGGACAGAAUUGUACCUGUAAAAAUGUCCUUGGUCUUUGUUACAAAUGGGUCAUUUGGUCUAGGCUGUUUCAAAAUGCUUUGCACACACUGAUUAUCCUCCUUGACAUGAUCACCUGUGACCACACUAAUGUCCAGUUUAAAAAAAAAAAGAUAAUCAGAGAGCUAUAGAAAUUUUUCAUUGUUUUUCUGUCACUUUCUAAAAGUUUCCCUUGGGUUUUGCCUUCUCAGUAACGUUUGAGUAGUUGGCACUUGUUCCAUCCUUACUCUCUGAAAGAACGGACAUGGUCUGCUUUGUUUUACAGCUUGCUCAGAUUAAUUUCUGUUGCCCAUAUUAGUCACUGUGCUGAGAGAGCCAGAACAUCUUCCGACCAUGGGAUGAUUUUUAUAAAAUCUGUCUGAAAAAUAGUAAAUAGAACCUGCCAUGUCAUAACAUGUAAUACAUUUUUUCCCAAGGGGUUGGUUGAUAGAAAUAUCUAGAUGUACCCCAUCAGUAGCCAGUGUUUUAAUUUGCUUAAUGGAAAUCAAGUGAAUGAACAGUAACAUAAUUAAAAGAACUCUAUUCUGAUAUCUAAAUAAAAACAAUGUAUUUGAGUGGUUGAAGACAUUUGCAUGAAAUUGCACCUUGUGCGGUACUUGAUAUUUAUAACUCUCCCCCCACUGUUGUAUGUCAUCUCGUCCAUUUUCUCGACGCCCUCAUUGCGAUGUCCUGAGGUCUCAUUUUUCCACCAUCUCAGCUAUGGGACUUUUUUUCAUAAUAUUAAUGUAAAGAUGUUUGUGUUACUGUUUAUAAAUUACAAUUGUAAAUAAACUGAUACAAGUUUGCUCAAAA